UGAGCCGCCCUCGCCCCACCGGAGCCUGAACAAGGCUUUAUCUUUGCUGUGUCGGCCACCGAACCAAAAUACAAACUCUCCCGAACGCUCACCCGCUCAGAACUGUGCCCACCCUCUCUGCGGCUGGGCGGCAUUUGUGCACGUUAUUUAUUUAUUUUCUAAAAUCCCCGGCGGUUUUGCAGCAGCCCGUUCCGUCGGCAAGACAAGCCCCCAGGAACUGCCCCCGGGAGAGGCUGGUUGGGCGCUGCCGCGGGGGAGCGGCCCGGGGGCGCGGACACGGACCCGGACGGAGGUGCCGCAGUACCGCGGGCGGCCUUGGGGGCAGCGCCCAGCCCCAGCGCGGCGAGACCGGCCGCGGCCCGGCGGUGCCUGGCCAUGGCCCCCGCCGCCCCAAGCAUGCUGCGGCUGACCUGCGUGGUGAUGCUGCUCGGCCGCGCCGCCCCGGCGGCAGAGGAGUAUGGUCUGGAAAUAACCAACAAUGGUCCCAUCACAACGGGAGCUCAAGCUACUGUUCACGCCAGUCUAAGUAUAAAGAAUGACAGUGUUGCAUCAAACUUUUAUCACUUCAACUGGAUUUAUGCUCCUCUGAUUCUGAUAGAGAAAUCUGAGCAGCGGUUUAACUCCGUAAUUAAUGUGACCGGUGAAUUUCCUGGGACUUUUCCUGUAUCUGUCUGGGUGACUCAUCGAAACUGUUGGUUAUGUCGGCCGGUUGCUAGAAAUGUCACCGUGCUUCAGAUUACAGAAUUUAUCACAGGGAAUCUUACCAUUGCCCAGAUAGAAGACAGUAGAUUUAUCACGCGUGGUUCUAGUUCCUCCAUGAGUGCCGUGACCCGGAUUUCUUUCUGUCUUCAUGACCCAAGCCAUUACUUCAAGUCAGCAUCAUUUGUCUACAACUGGGAUUUUGGAGAUGGAGUUUAUCAGAUUACCAAGGAACCCUUUGUCUACUAUAACUGCUCUACCAUGGGCAAUCGCACGGUACAUCUGAAAGUCAUAGCUGAAUGGGAGCAAAUUGGAAGCAUCAUACAUGAAAGAGAAACGGUGCAGAAAACUGGUGAUUUUACCACUGCCCUGGAGCUGUUAGAUGCUGUUAAAAGUAUUAAUGUAGUGGGCUCCAGAGAGACUCAUGUGAUGGAAAACUUGAGUUUAUCUCUUCAUAUCAACGGCACCCCGCCGCUAGCAUUAUGCUGGCUUAUAAAGGCCGAGUGCAUUCCACUGGAAGGUGAAAAAUGCCAUCUGGUGGUGAUUAAUGGCUCCUGCUACAAUCUCAGCCAUACCUUCAGCGACGCUGGACAGUAUUGCCUCAGCGUCAGAGUGGAGAACGGCGUGACGAUGCUGCAGACAUACCAUGAAAUAAAAGUGUGGCCAACAGGGAUCCACCCGGCUUUCUUCGUCCUGCUCUGCAUCGCUCUGGCUUCAGUGAUGCUAGGACUGGUGCUGUACACAACCUUUCGAAGUAACACACAACAAAAAGAUCUCGUGGAGGUAGCUGACUUCGACUUUUCUCCACUGUCUGAUAAAAACCUGUCUUCUCAUUCAGAGUCAGGCUGUGGCCAAAUAUGUUGCAGAUCAUGUUUUCCUCAUUCAUCUCAAGAAGCUGCCAGGGAGAGUCAUGAACUUCUACAUUCUUUUUACAAGCCAGUCAAAACAUACACAGUGUGAAGAACACAAUUGCACUUUGGUUACACUAACUGCUGAGUUUAACUUUCUCACUUACGACGAGUUAAAAGCCCAGUGCUGCAUGGAUGGUUUGGUUUUGCCAAUGCAAUGAAGUUAACCACUUUAAGUCCAGCACUUGAGUGUUUCACUCUCUGAACUAAAAAAAAGCAAACCCUGAAACACAGUAAAAGUAGCUUUGUAUUUUUAAAUUAUACGGGUGUAUACAUUUACAGCUGUAAAUACAGCAUUUUAUUCUUAUGAAAGAUUGUUUUAUGUGCAGGCUUGCUACACUCACUACCUCUUGUAAUUUCUCUGUUCCUUCUGCUGUCUGUUUCAAAGAGAAUGCUUAAGACAAACACACCUCUCUCUCCUGUGUUACAACAAUAUUACUGGAAAUGGAAGUCACACAAAAUGUUGUUGAAUGUGUAUUUGUUCUAGGAAGGAACUGACUUACCCAGGU